AUGAAGGCAGCUAUGUUUCUAUUAAUUUCGGCUGCGCUUCACCUAAGCCCCAUUCGGUCAACGAAAUCUUCAACGCGCCCAAUGGAGGCGAGAAUAAAGAGUCUGAAGGAGAAACUCAGGGCCGAGAUUGAACGCAAGGGCAACCCUAACUACAGCGUCUCGUACGACGGCGACUACAGCGAGGAAGUGGACGGCCAGCGCGACUUCUGGCUGGACCCCAUCGUGUCCAGGGAGCGGAAGAGGCACAGGCACAAACGGCCCGCGUCCGUGGCGGCCGUCAACGAAACCGUCAAACCUCCCGCCAAAACCAAGAGGAGGCAAAAGGUGACGACGUGCAAGGGCCACAACACGCGGAGCCCGCUGCGCACAGAGCACAAGGAGCAAAAGACGACGGCCAAAAGCAGGCUGUACAUGAUAAAUCCCCUGGACAUAUUCUACAGGCGGGACCUCGACCAGGACGUGGAGUGGAAAUGGGCCCACUGCCAGGACAUGAUCACGCCGUACCUGACCGGUAUAAAGAAGGAGCCCGAGGCGGUGAAGAAAGUCACUGUACGCGAUCCGCUCGCUACGAGAUUGUUCCAUUUGCUGAGCGUCAACACGACCGAUUACACGAAGGAGGAUAUAUUCUCGGUGCUCUACCAAAUCAGCAAACUGCAGCUUAGGCUGUUCCAAUGGGACGUCAUGCCGAUGCGUCUCUUGCUGAACACACUGACUAAAGGCCACGUGCACACCUUCAGGAAUUUGAAGCGCGGAAUGAAGGCUCUGUUCGAAAAAUGGCGCCUAGCCCUGGACAACACGACGAACAUAUUGCAAAGCACCCGAAUCGUGCGGCCUCCGUGCACUGUGACGUCACGGUACAGCGGUUCAACAAAAUCGCAGAAGGUGUCAUGGAUGAUCAAAGACUGGACCGCAAAGUCGACAACACCAUGCAUUUAUCGGGAUGGGUGCGACGAAAGAAAA